AAUUUUCUCUGAGUCUGGUAACAAUGCUUGAAAAGGCGGGUAUCAUUGCUGGAGGUGGAAAACUGCAGAGAUGACAGUGGGAGAGGAGAGGAGGAGAGAUUAGAAAACACAGAAGGACAGCAAGGAAGACAGCAGAGGACAGCAGCAUGGCCUGGGUCACACCUGUAAUCUAUUUGCACAUCACACUUUUCCUUUUUCCUCUGGAGAUGGGACAUGCGAGUGAACAGGACAGCAGAGUGCUGGAGGCUACAGCCCCAGGAGACAUCAUCAUUGGAGGAAUCUUUCCAGUUCAUGAAGGUGUGGACAAAGACAAAGACAACAGCUCCUUUGCACCUCACUUACAGCCAUGCAUCAGGUUUGAGGAGAGAGGCCUGGUGAAGGUGCUGGCUAUGAUCAGUGCUAUAGAGAUGAUGAAUAAAUCCCCUUUGCUGGCCGAUGCUAACAUCACUCUGGGUUACCGCAUCCUGGACUCAUGCUCUGAUGUCAGCACAGCUCUGAGAGUCACUGCAGACUUCAUCCAGCGGGUCGAAUGCCACGCUGAAAGCAACACCUGCAGCCAGCCGGUCAUGGCUGUUGUCGGAGCCUCUUACUCUGAAAUGUCUAUUGCCAUCGCCAGGCAACUGACUCUCAAGAUGAUUCCUCAAAUCAGUUAUUCAUCAACUGCUGUCAUUCUGAGUGAUAAGAACCGCUUCCCCGCCUUCUUGCGGACCAUCCCUAAUGACGAGAAUCAGACAGCUGCUAUGGCCAGCCUGCUCAGCGCCUAUGGCUGGAAUUGGGUGGGAGUCGUUACCAUGGAUGGAAAUUAUGGUCUCUCAGCUCUUGACCACUUUGUGUCCCAGGCUACUGAGAAGGGGAUCUGUGUGGCCUUCAAAUCAAUUCUACCUCAGUCUGUAACCAGUCAGGAUGUUGCCACUGCUAUCAAGCACACUGCCACAACCAUCCUCAACAAUGCCAAGGUAAAGGUGGUUGUGUCCUUUGCCAGGCCGACUCUCAUGAUGCACCUGUACCAGGAGCUUAAGGAUCAGAUGCUGAGAAUGGGUCACAACAUGGAGUCAAUGAGAAGAGUGUGGGUGGCCAGUGACAGCUGGUCCUCCUCCAGCUCUGUGAUAAAACACACAACUCUGGAGGACAUUGGACACAUUGUGGGCUUCACUUUUAAAAGUGGAGACCUGUCAUCAUUUAAUGAGUACCUGAGCAGACUGGAGGCAGCUGGACAUGACUACACAGGGAAUAAUACCUUCAUGCAGGAGUUCUACAGACAGCUGAGUGCCAGGAAAGGUUCUGGAGAUGAUGAGCUGGCGUCUGAAGGUGUGAAGGCCCUCAAAGGACACACUGAUGCCGACACUGUGUUCAGCGUUGAGAUGGCUGUGAGUGCCAUCGCUCAGGCUGUGGCAUCGAUCUGCAGGAGCAGAGACUGCAAAACACCAGGCGCAGUGCAACCCUGGGAGGUGCUGAAAGCUCUGCGGAUGAAGGGGUUUAAACUGAGAGAAAAGAGCUAUGAGUUUGACAGCAGCGGAGACAUAAACCUGGGCUAUGAUGUGACGAUGUGGAGGUCAGAUGGAGGGAACAUCCAUGUCCAUGAUAUUGUUGCUGAGUAUCACCCACACAGAAACAACUUCACCCUCACCAACCACAUCACUACCCAACAACUGCGGGACCUGAAGCACAUCAUCUCUAAAUGCUCCAACAGCUGCGUCCCUGGAGAGUUCAAGAAAACGGCUGAGGGCCAACACACCUGUUGUUAUGAGUGCAUCAACUGUACUGAGAACUACUACUCUAACAACACAGAUAUGGACCAGUGUCUGAGCUGUGACACAAACAGCGAGUGGUCUCCCGAAGGCUCCUCCAGCUGCUUCCCCAAAACCCUGCUCUUCUUCUCCUGGCAGAAUGGCUUCGCUGUGGUGCUGCUGACCUUUGCCGCGCUGGGCAUCGUCUUGAUUUUGCUGGUGUCCGCUCUGUUUCUACAUCAGCGUCACACUCCUGUUGUGAAGGCUGCCGGGGGUCCCCUGAGCCAGAUCAUCCUCUUCUCUUUGGUCAUCAGUUACAUCAGCGCCAUGCUGUUUGUAGGCCGGCCUAACAGCCUCCAGUGCAAGGCUCGACAGGUUCUUUUUGGUAUCAGCUUCACUCUGUGUGUCUCCUGCAUCCUUGUGAAGACUCUGCAGAUCCUGCUGGCCUUCCAGUUCAACCCGGAGCUGCAGGAGGUUCUGCGGAGGCUCUACCAGCCUUACGUCAUCAUAAGCAUUUGUGUGGCCUUACAGGCAGCUACCUGCAUCUGCUGGCUGGUCCUCAAAAGCCCCUUUAAUCAUAUAAUCAUGCAUCCCACUACUCUGCUGGAGGACUGUCACGAGGGCUCAUAUUUGGCCUUCGGGGUUAUGUUGGGCUACAUAGCUGUUCUAGCUUUUGUGUGUUUCCUUUGUGCCUUCAAAGGACGCAAACUGCCACAGCAUUACAACGAGGCAAAGUUCAUCACCUUCAGCAUGCUGCUCUACCUCAUCUCCUGGCUGCUCUUUGUCCCCGUCUAUGUCACCACCUCAGGAGUGUACCUGCCAGCUGUGGAGAUGGUGGUCAUUCUUAUCUCCAACUAUGGCGUCCUCAGCUGUCAUUUCUUCCCAAAGUGCUAUGUCAUCCUUUUUAAGAAGGAGCAAAACACCAAGAGUGCUUUUAGGAAGAAUCUCUAUGAAUACUCCAACAAAACCACAGAGGUUGUCUCUGUGUCUGCAGUGACAAACUGUAGAGAUAGGAGCAGCUGCACCAGUUUGCGCAGAGGCUCAGUCAUAAGACACUGCCUCAGGAGAACCAACAGCAUAUAAGUUGUUGUUAUGUGAAGACAGUUCUCAGAGAUUCAGAUAUCGGGAUUGAUCAGGUACUGCGGAGAGACUUUGCCAGUUGGAUUGUGGUUCUUAAAAGUGAGUGUUUUUUUGCACUGUUUUGGCCUCAUGAGUACUUACAUUUUCAUUUGAAUUGCUCCGUGCUUCUAUAUUUUAUUGCCUGUUAAUUUAUUUUUUGAGGUGUCUGUAAUGUUGAGUUUUCAUUAUAAAGGUUGUACAUUAACAAGAUCUGAGCCUCAAUUUCUGUGUUUCCAGAAGUAAAAAGUCAGACAUGUUUUCUGUAAUGUUCCAUUUGUCUGUAAAACAAUGGAUAUCCUAAAAUCAA